AAGGGGAAAGGCGGCUAGGCGGCGAGGAACGGUGGAAGGGAAGGAGGCGGAAGGGAGUGGAGUGCGCGGUUAUCCGGGCGGCCAUUGCGAAGUACCUUGUACGUUAAGCCGCGAGCGCGAUCCCGAGUGUCGUGCGACAUCCAAGCGAAGGAAUCCAGGCGGAUCGACAGUCAUCCUCGUGUUAAGGUGCUCCGUGUGAAGCCCGGGACGCGUACUAAGACUCCGGCCCGAUGGCUGAGACCGACAAGUUGAACAUCGACAACAUCAUAGCUCGGCUCUUGGAAGUGCGAGGAGCAAGACCAGGCAAAAAUGUUCAGUUGACAGAAGUAGAGAUUAGAGGAUUGUGUCUCAAGUCACGUGAAAUUUUUCUAUCACAACCCAUUCUUUUAGAGCUUGAAGCACCAUUGAAAAUAUGUGGUGAUAUUCAUGGGCAAUACUACGACUUGUUGCGAUUAUUUGAAUAUGGUGGUUUUCCACCCGAGAGCAACUAUCUUUUUCUAGGAGAUUAUGUUGAUAGAGGGAAACAAUCUUUAGAAACUAUCUGUCUCCUUCUUGCCUAUAAGAUCAAAUAUCCAGAAAAUUUUUUUUUGUUGAGAGGAAAUCAUGAAUGUGCAUCCAUCAAUAGGAUAUAUGGAUUUUAUGAUGAGUGUAAACGUCGUUACAACAUUAAACUAUGGAAAACGUUCACUGAUUGUUUUAACUGCCUGCCAGUUGCUGCGAUAGUAGACGAAAAGAUAUUUUGCUGUCAUGGAGGCCUGAGUCCAGAUUUGCAGAGCAUGGAGCAGAUUAGACGUAUCAUGAGACCGACCGAUGUACCUGAUCAAGGAUUGCUCUGUGAUUUAUUAUGGUCUGAUCCCGAUAAAGAUACUAUGGGUUGGGGCGAAAACGAUCGUGGUGUAUCAUUUACAUUUGGCGCAGAAGUCGUUGCCAAAUUUUUACACAAACAUGACUUUGAUCUUAUAUGUCGUGCACAUCAGGUGGUGGAAGAUGGUUAUGAAUUCUUUGCCAAAAGACAGUUGGUGACAUUAUUUUCGGCUCCAAAUUACUGCGGCGAAUUUGACAAUGCAGGUGCCAUGAUGUCGGUAGACGAGACUCUCAUGUGCAGUUUUCAGAUUUUAAAACCAGCUGAUAAGAGGAAAUUUACUUAUGGUGGUUUGAAUGCGGGACGGCCGGUGACGCCACCGCGAGGCGCGAACAACAAAAAUAAGAAGAAGUGAAAUCCUUAGAUUUGUCUUUUCGAAUGGGACGCUUAGGAUUUUACAACUGCUACUUCCCGACCCACCAUCUAUUAAGACGCUACAUCCUUGUAAGAAAGAGUGAGAGAAUGAAAGCGAGCGAGCGAGAGAAAGAGAGAGAGAUAGAAGAGUUAUAAUAAUUAUUAUUAUAAUUAUUAUUAUAUUAUUAUUAUUAUUAUUAUUAUUAUUAUUAUUAUUAUUAUUUUCGAUUGACUACAAAGCCUGCAGAUAUAGUAAUAAUGAAUCGGAAUACAUUUACCAGAAAAUCCGGAGGGGCGUUGCUUUUCACAGAGUUUGUCAAAAGUAGUAAAUGAUAUAGUAUGUUUGUAGUUAAAUGUGUUAUUGUAUAAAACAAAAUAGUAGAGAAUCUGAUCUAUUGACGAUAAGAUUAGAAAAGAUUGUGUGGGGUUGCCAACAAUAUUCUUAAAAAUUGCAAAGUUGAAAAGUAAGAAGCCAAAUGGCAGCAAAAGCAAAACUUAAUGUAAAUUGUCUUUCGCAUUCAUAAAUCUCGUAAUGUGUCUUGAUUUAUUUUUCAUCUACAUUUUUUCAUCAGUGUUGACAGCACUUAAUUUGCCAAGAAGACAAGACCUCUUUCAAUCAUUUCGCUCUGUGACGAAAAUCGACAUGAUAAUUAUAUGUAUUGCAAUGUCACACACAUACACACAUACAUGCUGCUCUCACUUUAUUUCAUUAUGUAAGUAUGCUAUUAAUGAAGAUAUAACGAUAUACAAGUAAUAACUAGAGCGGUUGCCUAGACUUAAUUCUUUAAAAUAUAAUAAAUAUUUAUAUAGCUCGAUACUUCUGUAAGUUGCACAAAUUUGUUAACGACUUCUAUUAUAUCAUACGUACUUUUAUAAAUAUACAUUUAUAUAUGAAUUGUGAAAUACAGAAAGAAAUAGAUGGUCAGAGAAAGAGACAAAGAAACAAAUUUUGUUCAAAGCAAGUCUCAAAGCGUUUAAUGAACCUCUAAUAUGUACGUUUUUGUCACAAGACGAACGAAAACAAGUAUUUGUAUUGCGAUUAUUAUGGCAGCAAGGCUUCUCUGGAUUAAUUAAUAUCAACGACACUAUAUAGUAUCUAAACGCGGGAGAAUUAAUCAUGUGAUUAAUAAGCAUACGCGAGCGCACAUUGAUAUCACUAUGAUAAGCGUCUAAUUAUGAAAUGAUACGAAAAGAAAGAAGCGUGCCCAUUUAUAGUCAAGGAUUUUCCACCUCUUGAUUGAGACAGUCCUGUGUGAAUUGAAUCAUUACUAUUGUUAACAUUAUUCAUCUUCCUCGCUUUCACAUUCAUUUUAUUUAGUUUUCUCACAUGCAUCCUUAUCUUUGACCAUUAUCUUUUCCAUUAGCCAAUGCACAGAGCACAGAUCCAUCCUCGAUAAUAUAGAAAAGAAAAGAAAAAAAAACAAUAUUUACGGAAAAAACCACGACGUGAGGAUCUUAUGGGAUCAUGUUAACCUCCUCUCUUCAUACUUGUACACACAUUAAUUUCUUUUUAUAAAUAAAAUUCACAUAAAAACA